AUGUAUUUCGUGACAAUGGUUUCACGAAGUUAGUUCAGGCAUGCUCUAUGAUUCAGACUCUCAGAUUCAACAUCCCAAGGCUGACGACUCUGCCUAACGAAUAAAAUAAAAUUACCGACAGGUACUAGGUAACGUGAAUACUACGGUAUUCACGCAUGACAGACCAGCCGUUCAGUUUGUGUACGUGGAGAUAACAGUCAGUCACGAGUAGAGAAAUAGAACUAAAAACAAGCCCAUCACACUGCCAGAGUGUGCACACAAAUGAUUGCAACAUCGAGAAUGGCACAACGCAAAGAGCGACGGCUUGAAUGCAGCAGGGGACAAUGGCACCGAUGUUGCCGCCAGCGUUUCCGCAGGAUGAUUUCUCUUGUCAGCAUGUUUUGUGUUAUCCUACUUCCGUCUGUCACGGGCCAGGCCUAUUGGUACGACCCGCCUUGCCUGAAUCACAACUUCUCGUGGACGACUCAUAGUGGUGGAACACAGAAGUGCAAGUUGUCGAUGGUGGAAGUACUCGGCACUCAAGAUGAGAAAUAUUGUGCUAAUCCCCUGGAUUCUCUGACUGACGGGACCGAGCCCAGUCAGCCACCUCCUGUGGAGAAUGUAGAGGCUAGCUACUACACCACACGGUUUGUCCCAGGGACAUCUUCUUGGGAAUGGGCAGGGAUAUGGAGCGGUCUAAACAUCACCUUUCAACUGGGCCUGCAAGGAGCUGGGAAGGUUAGAGGUGUGUUGCUGUCGAUGAAAAGUCUGAGCCCCGAUUCGGAUGAUUACUUGACCAUGUAUUGCCAAGCUUAUGACUUCCUCCAACCACUCAGUGUGGAUGCUCUGGUGGAUCAACAAGGAAGCCCAGUACAGUUGUUCCAUGAUUGCUGGCGCGGUCAAAAACCUGGGAUGGAAUAUGAAUAUGCCUUACGAACUCUUCCAGUGUUGGACACAUCUGCAUCUGAUCCGGACGGAGAUACUGCAGUGACAUUUCAGUAUAGGACACCUUCGUGCUUCGCAGUUCCUGAUGAUUACUUGUGUAAAGACCGCAUUACCGGACAACGACCCCCUCAAAUCGCAUUAUGUUCCUAUUGGAGACCACAAUACUUCACAGUGACAGCCAACUACAAUGACCUCUCAGUUGCCAUGGAGCUCGGCCCAGCAGAGUGUGGCUUUGAUUCCUUCAGGCUGGCUGCGGCAAGUCGUGGUGCUACAUCCGGUGUCAACCUGUGGGCCGAUGGUUUUAUCCAAGUUACCAUGGCUAAUGUGUCCCACUUUGAGACCUUUGCCUAUGGAAGGAACAUCACCUACAUCAAGGUUGACCUGAAGGGUGUCAGUGUUGGCCAGCGAGUGGUUGUGGUCGCCGCCUGGCCAACUCAAAAUACCUGUUUUGGAAGCAAUGGAAUUUCGAAGCCUUGCAGUGUCACCCUGUCAGCUGUUUUGAACAUAAUUGAAAAUCCCUGUCUUAGUGGGCCCUGCAGUUCAAUAGAAGUUUGCGAGCCAAGUGGACACAGAUUUAGCUGUCACUGCAAACCAGGCUACAUGAGGGAAGACUCAAUCUGUGUCAGAAACCCAUGUGAGGUGUCGAAUGACACACAUGUAGCCUCCAAUCCAUGCCGUUUAGGGAGCUGCGCUGUCAGCAAUGACAAGAGAAGCUACUCCUGUAGUUGCCCCGAUGGAUGGGUGUUUGUGAACGGAACUUGCCAAGAAAUUCCUAAUGACUUGCAUGAACUUGAAGGCCCUGAUGAAACCACACACAUUUUGCCAGUGGAUGCCUGCAUUCCAAACCCCUGUGGUAAUGGAAUAUGCCAUCAUCAAAUCCACCCCCUUGGUCAAGUGGACUAUUCCUGCGAUUGCCAACCGGGAUAUAUAAAGCGUGGGAACACGUGCAAAGCUGACUCCUGCAAAACAAAUCCCUGUGGGAGACACAGUUCUUGCAAACACUCUGAUCAAUCACUAAGGAGAACUGAAGGCAGCGUAAACGCUGUUCCUUUCACCUGUAACUGCAACUUUGGUUACCAUUACGAUGACAUGCACCAUUCUUGUGAAGUGUCAGUUGGGACUCUGGUUGCCGUGAUUCUGACCAGCUUCUUCUCUGCCUUCCUCUUGCUCUUCCUGCUGUUGGCCUGGAGACGACGGAAGAGCUCUCGGACCUUAUUUCACAGAGCCGUGCCGUGCAUGGGUAUUGGUGAGAAUAACAGUGACCUUAUUGUUGAUGGGUCUUCGGUUCCGUCACGAACGCCAAGCCUACACAGAAUGUCUACGCUAAGUGGUUUCCGUCAAGGGACAGAGAGAACUGAGAUCAUCCAACCAAUGAAACGAAUCAAGACGGUGCUCUUCUACUCGAUGGAUCAUCCCUUACAUGAGGAAACUGUCCAACGGCUCGCCACCUUUCUCAAUGAAUACUGCAUGUGUGAUGUGAUUCUUCCAUUGUGGUGUGCCCAGGACAUUGCAAGGAGGGGGGUAAACGAAUGGAUCACUUUCGUCCUCGACUGGGCUGACAAGGUCAUACUGCUAUGCUCUAAGGGAUCUGGAAUCGCCUGGCGGGCCUACUCGAGUGCCAGUCCAACGCAAAGCGACUUGCUCACCCGAGCUGUGUGCAUCCUCCUACAAGGCGGUUCCUCGGUGGGUGUGCCAGAGAGAUGCUGCGUGGCCUAUCUGGACUACUCCUCCAAAGACGAUGUCCCCCCGCCCCUGGCCGUGGGUGCCAUCUACCGUCUGAUGAAGCACAUGGAUGCCUUCUUCUUCCGACUCCACGACAUGAAGCAGGGCUCAGCCGAGUGGGAGCUGCGGGCCACCGACCUGGAGGAAGAGAGCUAUGCCGGGGCGUGCCCUGAGGGUGCCGCCCUUCAUCAUGCCAUCCAGCAGAUGAGAGAGUAUCAGAAGGCCGAGCCAGACUGGUUUCACCAGAGACGCGUGCUGUCCCACACAGGGACAGAGUCACAGACUACGUUUGAGGAGACAUUGGAAGUUGAUGACAAGGAGUAUGACGAGGCACUGAAGCAAUUUUUAAGCACCCCUACAAUUUGAGUGCCAUCAUUUGUAAACAAGAUCCCAGGCCUCGCCAAGGCGGCAAUAUUUGCUACAACACAGGCUGUGCACAGCAACCAAGUUCACCUUCAACAAACGGUCUAUCUUUACAGGCACCCUGGGCAUUGUGGGCAAAACACAGAUGAGGCCAACAGCAUUUUAACCAACUUAUGAAAUUCAAUUACCUGUGUUAGCACACAGCCUCUGGUAUAUGAAUUGAUUAAACAGUAACAAAGCACAAAACCAGUUGUGUACAGUGCUACUUCUGUAAAUUUCACAUUUAUAACUGUAUUUUUAUUGUAGCAGUUAAUAGUGAUGAAAUAAUUCAGUGAAAUUCAUAGUUGCUUUAAAAACAGCAUGUUUAAUAUUUAAACUUUCCAAAAUGGAGCUUUGAGCUUUAUUCUUGUCAUGGUAUUAAUAUUAUCUUUGUACACACUUUGGCGAUGAUAAAAUAGUAGAUAUUUGAUAUGAUCAUUGAUUUUGAUAACUGAUUUACUGUAAACGAUCAACGCAUCUGAUGUCAAUUCUUUUUACGUUUCAUCGAUAAGGUAUAAGGUAAGCUGAUUAAGAUACACGGCACACAGUUUACUGUGCAUGACUCUAUUGGCCUCUGGUUAAGAGCUGUUUGAGAAAAAUAAUAUAUGACCUGGAAGUGUAACAAAUCACAACAAAAAUGUACAGUUGUUCUGAAUAAACCAGAGGAGAAAAGUUACAGAUUUUUUUUUUCUUCAGCAAAAUUGGGUCAAAAGUAUUGAAUUAACAAAGCAAACGAAUAACGUAUGUUCAAUAUUUACAGUUUAACAUGUAGCUUUGUGAGACAGGAACAAAAGUGCAAAUUGAUUUAAAGAUUUCAGUUCAUAUGGAUACCUUCACCAAUCUGCAACUGAAAUCGAGAGUGGUUUCCAUUGUCUUGGCCGUACCAGCUGGCACAGAGCACCAAAGUGUGACGUCAUUUUGAACCAGAAAA